UCCGGGUCCGGGUCCGGGUCUGGCCAGACCCGCCCCAUGACCAUCCCUAGCUACAAUGUUCAUAACUUUAUAAAUUUUGUACAUUACUAUUCAACUUACGAGAUGACGAGAUCACUCAACAUAAACAUUAAUUUUGAAUUGAAGAGAGUUUAUAAAAUAUUUUUUUUCUAAAAAAAAACCUAUAAAAUCUUGUCGUUCAAGUAAAUAAAAUUACUUGAGGAAGUUAUUGACGUUGACGGGUGAUUUAGAUAUGAAAUCCCUACUUUCAUAAUUAGGAAUAUUACCUUCCAAAAUUAUCAUUACUAAUUGAUGAAAAAUUUAGCAAUAUAUUAUGUCCUUUCCCUAUUUAUUUAAUAAUAAAACCCAUGAAAUCUCUUAAACCAAGAAAUUUAUAACAUUUAAUUCAACACAAGUUGUUCAUUGAACAAACAAAAAAGCGAAAAAUGUCAGAAAGGAAAUCAGGGAAAAGGAAGAUCGAAAUAAAGGCAAUCGAAAACAAAACAAGCAAACAAGUAACGUUUUCAAAGCGUAGAAAUGGUUUCUUCAAAAAGGCAAGUGAAUUAUGUUCCUUAUGUGGUUCUCAACUUGCUAUCAUUACUUUUUCCGGCGCCGGUAAACUCUUCUCUUUUGGUCAUCCCAGUGUUCAUACUGUUAUUGAUCGUUACAUUCAUUUUUCCAACCUUAAAAUCGCCGAAAAUGAUAACAAAUCUUCUGUUGACAAGCUUUCUCAAGAGUAUAAGGAGCUUCUUCGCAAAAUCGAGUCAGAAAAGAAGAUGAUUAAAGACUUUGGUUCAUCAAAUAAUAAUAAUAAUAAUAAUAAUAAUAAUAAUAAUAAUAAUAAUUUAGGGUUUUGGUGGGAUAAGGAAAUUGAUGAUUUAGAGGUUUGUGAGCUUGAAGAAUUUAAGGUUGCAUUACAGGCUUUAAGAGGUGAAGUGGGUUCAAGGAUUGAUGAGAUGAAUGGUUGUUGGACGAGUCUUAUGUCGAGGGAUAAUAAUGGAAAUUUGCAAAGAGAUGAAAAGAUAAUUAUGCAUCCGGGUUUUCCUAUCAAUUCUUCUUUGUUUGGACAGGCUUCUCAUGGGGAUUGUUCUGCUAAUUUAUAAAUUUGAUUGAUGGAAAUAAAAUUGUUUGAUCAGAGUAUGGUAUUUCGUCUUUCCAUUCCAGGUAUGGUGUCGAUGCUAUUGCUGGAUAUGAAAUAAUCAAAUAAUCUUGGAAACUUGGAUUGGAAAGAAUGAUCAAAAUUUCAUAUUCAGAAAAUGAAUGAUUGUAUAUGUUUAAUUUUUAAUUGGGAAAAUUGUUAAAAA